AUGGCUGACUUGGAAGAAAAAAUGAAGAGGAGAGGGAAGGGAGGAGUUAUGCUAGGGAAGGGAAGAGUAUAUACGUUGGCAUAUGCAAACGAUGUGGUUUUAAUAGCUGAGGAAGAGAGUGGUUUGAGAUUGUUGAUGAGAGAGUUUGAGUUGUAUGUAAGAGAAAAGGACUUGUGGAUAAAUGUGGAUAAAACAAAAGUUAUGAAUUUUAGAAAGAAAAGAGUGAAGGAUAAGGAAGUAUGGAGUAUGAAUGGGAAAAGUGUGCAAGAAGUGAAUGAAUUUUGCUACUUGGGAUAUUGGUUUAAAUGGAAUGGAAGUCAGGAUUUGAAUGUGAGUAGGAGGAUUGAGAAAGGAGGAAAAGUGAUGAAGCAAAUAUGGGAGAUUAGGGAAAGAAGAUUAAAGAAUGAUUGGAGGAAGAGAAUAUGGUUGUUUGAUGUGUUGGUAUGGUCUGUGAUCAGUUAUGGUGUUGAAAUAUGGGGAUGGAGAGAAGUUGAGAAAUUGGAAAGAAUGCAUGAGAGGUUUCUGAGAUGGACCAUGGGAGUGGAUGAGAACAGUCCGGGAUAUAUGCUGAGAGAGGAGUUGGGUAGGGAAAAGCUGGUAAUAAGACAGAGAAGAAGAGCGAUGGGGUUAGAGGAAAAGCUGAAACAGGGGAAGGGGAGUCAGGUGGCACAGAUGUGCUGGGCAUUAGUGAAGGAAGGAAUAAGGAGAGGAAGAAAGAACAUAUCAAGAUGGGAAAGAGGGAGAAGGGAGGCUAUAGAAGAAGGAAGAAGAUGGAGUGGAGUGGAAGGAGAUAUAAAAGAUGGAUGUAUCAGAAAGGAUAUUCAGUAA